AUGUCGAGCCAGGGCUACGAUGUGGUAGUGGACGUGGACGCUGAGGGCGACGACCUCGGACACACAGACCUCCAAGAAGACCUUGAAUUCCACCCAUCCAACUUCGAAAAUGACCAACGCAACGCCAAAUCCCACCCAGACAACGCCGCCUUCCUAGGAGGCAGCGGCGGCGGCUCGUCCUCCCGCCGCAACCGCUCUCCAGGUGGCACACCGACCAAGCACGCCUGGUGGUCAAUCCACUACUACGAGCAGUACUUCGACGUAGACACGAACGAGGUCCUGCGCCGGUGCGUAGCCUCCGUCUACCCCCGCAGCAACUUCCUCGACGUCCUCGAAGGCAACGCAGACCUCUACGGCCCCUUCUGGAUCGCAACGACCGUGAUCGUGAUCCUCUUCCUAACCGGUACAAUCUCGCAAUGGCUCUCGAACAACGACAAGGCGCAUUUCAAGUAUGACUUCACUCUGCUCUCUGGCGCGGCGGGUUUAGUCUACGGGUAUACGUUCAUUCUGCCCAUUGCGCUCUGGGGCGCGCUCAAGUGGUUUGGUAGCUCGACGGCGGAUCUCGUCGAGUGCUGGGCGCUAUAUGGGUACUCGAACCUCGUUUGGAUUGCGGUCGCGAUUGUUAGUUGGAGUCCUUUGACGGCGUUGAACUGGGCGCUUGUGGGCGUCGGCUUUGGCUGGACGGUUUUCUUCCUCCUUCGGAAUUUGUAUCCCGUGCUUAGUGCGACGGAUGCGAAGGCUAGUCGGGCGCUGUUGAUAUUGGUUAUCUUGUUGCAUGCUGGAUUUGCGAUUGCGAUUAAGAUCUUGUUCUUUGCGCAUGGAAGCCCGGUUUCCAAGAAGAAUGACGGCGACAAGGACCACGAUGAUGAUAAGGAUGAUCAUGAUGAUCACGAUGACAAGCGCAUGUUUUAA